AUGUGGUUCAUGAACAUUUUGAUGCUUCUCUUUUUCUGCUUUGAAUCCUCAACUGGCAAUGUCACAGUGCAAUUUAACUCCAGGAAUUUCAAUAACAUACUCCACUGGGAUCCUGCAAAGAGUGAUUUUCCAGGGCAAAGGUUACUCUAUAGUGUCAAGUACAGGAGUGAUGAUAGUGAUCAGUCAUACAAGAUAAAAGACGAGUGUCAGAAUAUCACCGUCCUGUACUGUGACCUGACGGCAGAAACGCCCUUUGUUUAUGAUGUUUCUUACCAUGCUAAGGUGUUGGUUAAUGGUAGAACUCACGGUUCCACCGAGACAAGGUUUAAACCUUCAGAACACACUAUUUUGGGUCCGCCCAUCUUGUCUACAUCCACAACAGAGUCGUCUCUGUUUGUUAAUGCCACCUUGCCUGUGGGACCAAAUGGAGUCUCCAUUGCAGACAUCAUUAACGGCAGAAAAGUGCCAUCCAAGACUAUAUUUAUCUAUACCUUGAAUUUAAACUAUCCAGAUUGGGCUGCAAUGCAUGUUGAAAGCCACACUGGCCAGUUCAUCAUCGACUUAAAGAAGAAGUCUAAAUACUGCGGCACGGUUAUCUACAAACCAUCUUCUGAUUGGGGUCGCCCGAGCAGUGAGAGUGCCUCCUUCUGUGUAACACUGCCAGAAAAUCCGUGGAUGCUUCUGCGAUGGCUUCUCUUGAUUGCGGCUGGUGUGGUUGCCUUAGUCAUAGUAUCAGCUGUGUGUACGUGCAAAUAUGUGAAAGGUGGAAAGUCAAAGAGCAUGACACAAGCACUGGAGGCAACCACUUCUGGAACCCCUAAGAUACUGCAGGAUCCAGAUAAAAAUCUCAUAAUUUCUCAAGUCGAGGUAUGCCCUCACAUGGAUGAAAUAGUUUAUACCAAAAUCCAGAUGAAUAAAAAUGGGUCUUCAGUUAGGAAUGGAGGCUAUUCCCCCCAGGACAUCCCUUUCCCUCCCUGGCAAGACCACACUGGCUCCUCUGUGGACACAAGAACACGCAGAACUCCAAAUUCUGAGGACACAAGUGCCCAGUCCUCUGACAUCUACAGUUCUGUGGCUGUUCUACCUAAAGAGAAUGAUGACAUUCAGCAGGCUGUCACUGAACGUGGAGAAGUCGUGCACCACAUGAUCACACGCGAUGCACGACCAUUACCUGAUGCUGAUUCUUGUGACACCAACCCAGAUGGGAAGCUGCUGCUGCACACAGUGCGGGAUAUCAAUGGACAACUCAUGUUGCCUUUCCUCAAUUUUCAGUCACAGAGCAGCAAUAGUGAUGCAAUAUGCCUAUCAAACCAAGAGAGAAAACCUCUCCUAUCAGACCUCAUACCCUCUAUGGAUGAGUCAUCGUUAGCUUCCUUGCUCAGCUUAAAUAGCUCAGAGUGGUCCGAUUCUGGAUGUGAUGAUAGCUCUUCAACGACACCGACCCACUCAUACUGCAACACCCAUUUUUCUCCAUCUCAACCACUUAUUCCAGAUUCUGACAAGGAAUGUGAGACUACACUAUCGAGUGAUGUCUCAUUUGAAUCAGGAUACAAGCAAAACUGGAUGCCUGAAUUAUGUAGUGGACCUUCUAUUAUAGACAGUUGCAGAAGGACAAACUACAUGUGGACCUGCAAUGGCUCCAAAAUGGAAGAUGAUGACAAUGAGGAAGUUGAAGACCAGGGAGAAGUAGAGAAAUCAAGACCAAUUUUCCUGGGAAGUUGGACAAUAAGAAUUCAAGAAUAA